AUGACUGAAUGUGAGUUUGCUCCCCAUGGUCCUAGUCGAAAGGUUCACGCAUAUUUUCCUUCGAAUAACGCAAAAUGACCUAUGUAUAGAGUAAACGGUCUUUUGUUCUGGCAACCCUGUUCGAAGGAAGUCGUAAUCCCUUCGCACAACUGUCGUUCACUUACAAGCCAGCGCGAAAUAUACCACUUUUAAUUUAAUCUUUAACAUUUAAAAAAUUGAACAAAUUGCCCUUAUUAAUUCGCGAUUCAAUUUGCAUUGCUGUUUUGGAUUUUUCGAUUAAAAGUAGGAUCAAUAGUAACAUUUAGACACUGCGUAAUCAUAUAAGGAGACCCGGUAAACCACUUUUGACAAAUAGCGAUAAACCUACAUAUGCGAUUGCUGUUUCUUUACACCGAGUUAGUGUCCAAACGUCUGCCAUGGAUCCGGUUUAGACACUUGAUUAAUGUAAAAAAAAAUCGGUUUCUAUCAUUUUGAAAUAUGCUGCAUGCAUCAAGGACUUUGCAGCAUAAAGUGAUUGCACGCUUUUUUAACUCGGCCUCCCAUUAUAUUGUUUUAAUUAAGGAUGUUUCAGAUUUUUUUGCCUCAAGUCAUGACACAUUAUAUGACUUUUUAUCAGACGCUUUUCAGUCGCUUAAUAAUGAAGGAUUUCCUCACUGGGCUGCCCUCAUAUUUUCCGAUCAUAAAAUAAGGUUUUUAACUUUUAACUUCUCGUUUAUUUAGUAAUGUCUCAGCAAGGUGAUGAAUGAAAUCCAUACUUAAAAUUACAGUGUACAACUACUUUUAUUAUGUGUUUAUUUAUAAGUCCUUUGAGUAUUCAGAUAGCGGUUCCAUAUUUAUCGUAUUUUCAUCCCAGAUAUGUAAUAUAUCAUAGACUGGGUGAAAUAAUUUACAUGUUGCAGAAAGUCUGUUUAUCACGUUGUGAAAACUCAUGAUCCUCUAGAAGAUCAAGACCUGUUUUGUACUUUCAAAGUCCCGUGAAAAGCUAGCACGCGAAGUUCCGUAUUCUAUUUUAAGCAGUUUGCGGCAGAACAGUGAAGGAAUGACUACAUAAGUAAAUAUUUUAGUAAAGGAUAAAUAUAUGUUUAGGAAAACUGAGAACUGGGAUAGAUGUACACCCACCUAGCGCCAUAUUGUACAAUGAAAUUACUCUAUAUGAACGCAUGACGUUGAAAUACAAAUACCAAGAGUAGUUGACUUACAUCACGUAAUGCAUCGUUUGUUAUAGAAUCUUAUUCAGCAAGUCCCUUCAGGGAUAUUGCUUGUUCACUGCACAUAAGCCGAGCUGACAGUCAGUGUAAAGACCACGCUUCGAAAUGUAGACUAUACUUUAAAUAAUACUAAGCAGAAAGGCAGGUUAGAAGAAGUACGCCUUCGAUUAUCGAUCAUCAGGCCUGUACAGUAAUAAUAAGGGAGGGUAGAUUAGUAAAAGUGUAAACAGCCAACUAGGUUAUUCAGCACAUUUUCAGAUCGCGAUUGUUGCUGUAAACAUGUUUGCUAGGGUACUUUCCAAAACUUCAACUAACUACAAAGGUGAAGAAGCGAGUAUCAGGAGGCAGUCGGGAAGAAAAGACCAUUCCUAUAAUUUUGAAAGGCGAUCCGUAGUACUGACAAAUCUUAAGUUUUCCAGCUAAAGCAAAGGUAGUUUCGGAACGAAAACUUUCCCGUGGUUCACUGUUGGUCUAUAAAGAGACAUUUUGGAUUUUUUAUCCGUGUAGUACGUUUAAACAACAGACAUGUAGCUUAGGCCGACCUGAAAUUCCCUGGGAUAGUAAAUCCCAUCAGUCUCAGAGAAAUGUCUCAAAGGAUCCUCGAUCAGCGCUCGGGAGCCUUUAUAGAAACCGACUUAAAUGCAUCAAUCGAAACGCAGAAUUCAUGAUAAGCAAGCUCCAGUUAAUUGAAAACACAAAUGAUCUACCAAAAGUGAUAUCCCGUUAGUUGAAAAAACAAUUUUAGACAAAUCACAAAUGCCGAAAGCUCACCUUUUCUGUUAAAUGUGCUAGUCAGCUGCCUUAUAUAUGAUUAUGUUAUAAAACUCUAUCACUAAAAAGCGUAUAAUGUGUUUUUGCAUUUACUGAGAUGCGGUUGACUACGACGAAUAGAAUUUAGCUCGAGUUCGCAGAUAAGAAUGUCACAUGUCGAGAUGCCGGUCACUAGUCAGGAAUUUUUACAGGACCGGCAGUUUUAAUGAAGACUUUGGCAAAAUUUCUGGGUGAAAUCUUGCGACGUUGGAGUCCUCUGAGCUUACGGGCAUUCCCUAAUUGCCUGCGAGUUCCCCGCGCUUUUCAUACCCUUAGUCGAUUACCUAAAACAGUUUCUGUGGUUCAUUUCUAUAAAACGGUUAAAAAUGAAAGCCGCGUCCGACAGUGUUUAUACGUCCGUUUGCGUGCAGACUACGGCUUGGAGCCUAUUUAUGGACUCAGUCAAAUACAAUCCUAUUCACGGUUGGAAGCGAAUAUGCGAAUUCCAGGUUUUUGUUGUAAAGAAGAUGAACACAUGAUCUCUGGGCUGAAGGUGUAUUAGUCUGUGCUUUCGGUCUAGUACAGGAGGCCAUCGUCAGAGACUGUGAGAAUGCGACAUCAAAUGAGCAGUUUUUGUAGUCAAGCCAUGAAGGGGGAUAUGAGUGCAGAGGGCGGUAUUCGCGAUAAUACCCAAAAAUUGUCUCACUAUAUGCUCAAAAGUCAAAAUGACUGCUUGUUGGGGGGAUUUCCACAAUUACUUAUAGGAUAUAUGUCUUUGCCGGGAAAUAAGGGAGAGGUAAAACAAAAGAUUGUUCGUAGUACUUAUUGUUUCAUUCAGGUUUACUAAAUGACAUAGAUUGACAGAUUAUAAUUCUCAAAAAUAAUAAGAAGAAAUACUCCUCGUUUACUGAGGAUAACGUGCAUAUUUACAAAUCUCCUGAGUUGGACUUGACAAUAAAGUAUUUUUAAAAAAGAUAAGAGCUAAACCGGUAAACCUUUCUAUUUUACAUUAAUGCUCUCUCCUGUAGAAACAGGCACAAAUGCUUUGCCGUAGUACAGCGCAAUUUUUAACAGAAAAUCGCCUGAAUGUAAUCUAACGUUGAUUUCUGCCCAACUAUGAAAAAAUCUUUUACCGACAAAAUUGGGCGCAGUCCUAUUCUGCAAGGGCAAAAAAUUUCCUGUGACAUUAAGAGAAAAAUAGAUUGCAUAACGUUUGACGUGCACCAAAUGAUUAUCUAGACUUCGAUCAUCACAUUUCAUGAGUCAUGUCAUAUAUUGUGGAUAGGUAUGAUGAAGUACAGAUAGCGCUUAAGCCGCGUUAUUUCUUCGUCCGGAGAGUGUUCCAUGGUCAGGUUUCUAUGGCAAUAGGUUUCGGGAGAUUUCGCUGCUAAUCUGCGUAUAUUAUUCAUAAGAAAGGUAUUAAAAAUGAGAAAUAAUCUUGAGCACAUGAAAACAGAGGCGUUUUUCUAGUGUUUUCUGCAAAGGGCCGGUGAGCCUAGAAACGUAGACCAAUAAUAGAAAAGACAGUAAACCCCAGACCAACUGUAUUUGUAAGUAUUUUAAACGCUCCCAACUACGGUCAAAAAUGGAGAAAUAAACUGUCUUCAAUAAUAUCUUGCCCCUUUGGAUACACUACCAGAUUUGCAUUGUACUGCGCUCGCCAGACAACGUAGUAAGUAGCUGAGGUGGUCAGAGAUCAAAACAGCAUGCCAGAAUGAUAGACGCUUAUUUCAUUUAACAAUUAUAACCCUUGUAAACUCUCUUCCGGCUGCAUCUGACAGACGGUGAGCUUAUAUGCCUAAAUAAUCCGACCACUUCGGAGUCUAGAGCGCAGGGCUUCACAGUCCGGGGUAGGGACUUGCUGUCUGAGUACAGCCUUUGCUUAAAGUUGCCAUUUGUUUUUUUUAAAAUAUUUGUCACUAGCAGUUUGAAAUGAUAGUAAUUUUUAAAACAUCAUAUUCUAAACAAAAACUUAAACUGAUUUUUACCAUGUAAACAAGCUCUGUUUUUUCUGACAGUUACAACCUUUUCAGUGUUGAUCGAUCGAAUCAGGUGCAUCGUUCUGAGCACUUAAAGUAACUAGUGAACUCAGCAUUCGACAAAGGGAAGCUUUGCCCUGCACAUUAUAAUAAAUUUGAUUGAGAGUUCUUGAGAAACUUAUUGAGGGUCCAUAAUCAGGGGUAUGCUCAUGACUGAGAAACCAACUUAAUGGAAUCAUGUUUAUUAAGUGCGAUACAGUUUCCCGUCGUACCUGAAAUGAUGCAGAGAUAACAAUUUUCGUUAAUACGAACCUUAAAUGUUGUGAAAGUCGAAGUGACUGCAGGUGCUUUUACGUUCUAGCGAAAUAAAUUGUAUAGUGAAAAUAUGAGCAUUUCAGAUGGAAGUUUUCGAUGCAAAGUUUUGACGACAUACUUCACAGUAGAUAUUUACCAGCAGACAAUGUAUUCGACAUCCUUAUACAUUCUUGAUCUCGUAAGAUUUUUCUAAAUUCCCUCGAUGAAUUUCUGCGCUUUCACUUUUGCUUCGGUAUGGUAGGUACAUGUCCAAUGGGAAGUUUGGUUUUGAUAUUAGCGGGUGCCUUUAGGUUGAGGUGCCCUUGGCCGCCUUUGAAAAAAUAAAUCGUCAAACUGUUAUCCGGAAGGCUGACGGUCCUCGUUGUCUUAACAAAUGUUGUAUGUUCGCUGAAAAUAUUCUCUGAGCAAAAAAUGAACUUCCGCCUAAAAUUGUUCCCAUAGAGCCCCUAUGCUAUUGUGCACAUAUUUUUAUUAAAUCACGAGGACUUGAGCAGCAACAGAAGACGUGCGUAGCGCAUUUUUGUUUCGGAGACCGAUCAAAGUGGGGAAUAACAAAAGCAGAAACUCCAUUCGAGUUAUGGGUCAUUGUAGUAAAAAAAGAUAAGUUGCGUUGUAUGGAGCCCUGUUUAUUCACUAAUGGUAAAUGACAAGCAUUCCAGAGACAAACGAAGCUAUAUGUCAGUUACACUUAUCGACUAAGCGGGUUCCUGAUCGGCUAGGUUUACUGCCCACAGUCAUAUUCUACUGCAUGAGAAGCCAGCACAUUUACGCAACCCACCCAUUUUGAUAGCCUCGCCCUGCACAAUUUUGUUCACUGUUUUUGUUGCCCUGAUUCGCUGCCGUCGCCGGACUGUCAUGCAGGCAAUGUUUUGACUUGCUUGUCCCCGUAAAGGGAAUAUGUCAAAGAACGAGAUCACUUGCGUGGAGUGAUUCGAGGCAUCUGUGAACUACCCUUCAUGGACUUAUGACGUGAAGUAGGGAAAUUGCAUCCAGUGUUUGCAUUGAUAAUUAAAAGCUGCUUCUCCUAACCUGACGUGUUUUUCAAGAGUAUAUGUCAAUGAUAUAGCGGACUUGAAAUGAGGUGGCGCCAUCACAGGCGUUCCAGCCUGCAUAGCAAAUUUUAUCGUAACAGUAGCAUUCAGCCAUCACCACAGCGUUAACUGAUGCCGGCUACUCCACGAUAUCUAAAUAGGGACACAUAUCUUGCAAAGCAAAAGCGGGUUUCUUUGGUAUACAAGUUAAACUUGAGUGUGAGUCAUGGUUUGGUCCUCCAUGCUUGCUGGCCUUAAUCAGCAAUAAACGUUCACAUGAACACAUUAACCUGACUUAAACUGACAGUUAAACUUCAAUGCAGAUGUUGGUCAGGUGGGGCUAUGUAGCUCCACCUGAGGUAAACAAACCCCAGACACCUGUAAUACAGGACCGGUGGUAAUAGGGGUUUUACAGGUGGUACGAGGGGAGGCACAGGUGACGAGGUCAAGCAACUGUAUGCAAAAAAGCUAUUGGGGAUGCGCGGAUAUACUUUGAAUGGUCGAGAAACAAUUGUCUUAGCCCCUAAUCCUUACCCUAACCCCUAACCGCAGCCCUAAACCCUAAUCCAACAGUAUUAUGUCCAUCAGGCGGGGCUACAUAACCGCAUAUUACUCAGGCGUUUUUCAAGUUUUUUUCAUGUUUUCCACACGCAGAUUCAAAAAGCAAAAUAAAAGUAAAUUCCUCCUUUUGGUCCCACAUCUACUCUCAGCUGUCUUUUAUUUUAGCCCUGGAGAGCGUAUUGAGGCAACUGCGGGAUAUAGAAGUACGUUAACAAUUAACAUACUAUUGCCGACUUUUUCUGAAAAUCGUCCUGUCUCUAUGCCUUUCAAAAUCUCCCACUACAUCGUAAGGAAUGAUCAGAACUAAAGUUAGUUUAUAAACAAGCAACUUUGCAUCUCAGUUUUUAAAUGUCGUAAAAUAAUAAGCACAAUAUUCCGACAUUUUCUCCCUACUCGGGAAGGGACGCUAACAGGUGGUACUGCGCGGGUUGAAUACGAGUGGAUAUCAAAUAAACAGAACUCCCUACAAUGAUAUCGCUAAUAAAACGACCUUUUGAAUAACUGGCCCUCCUGCUCAUAAGUAAAUUGUGAAUGUCCAUGGGUUGGGUACACAAACAUGGACCCCUGCCCAAAAUUUCAAGGGAGAAAAGGUUAGGGUUACUUUUAGAGUUUUGAUAGACUUGGGGAUAAGUUUAGGAAGGUUGGGCGUAUGAGGAUUAAGAUUAGGACUAGCAUGAUUAAGACUAGCGUUCGGGUUAUGUUUAAAGAUAGGACGCGGGAAUAGGUACUCCCUGGAAGUUAGCGCAAGGCCACCUGUAGUACGGGAGAGGUCCAUAUUGCCGUGUUCGACCCGUUCAUCAAACAAAACAGAAUUUUAGCUGUUUGACUUGGAUGUUUACCUUAAACUGACAAAUGUUUGCUCGUAUAUGUCGAAAAACAUUUCAAAAACCGCGAUAUCUCAGAGAUAGACCGUUCGAUAUAGGAAAAUCGCAUAGCUAGAAAACGUGUCACCAGACGGUGUCGAGUCGACGACCCCCAAACGCAAGUCGGGCACCAAGUCUACUGAGCUACAAGUGUCUGCCCGGCGGCUGUGCGGACGAUCUCUUUUCCCCUAGCCCUGGCUCCCGAAUCAAUUCUACCUUGCGGUCUAAAAUCUGUCUUGCUGAGAUUACAGUGACCAAACUCUUGCCUUUGAAAAGCAUAUACUCGCACUUGGCAGUCUGUUGGGCACCUUGAAUUGUCCAAAUUUUUCAAUGAUUAAGAACAUUCCAUCAGGUUGUGUGCGUUCCAUACUGCCUAAACUCCUGUAAAAUAAAUAUUUCUAGUCAUUAGAAAGUGAGCACUGUCACGAACGUCAGAAGCAUUAUAAUGUGCCAGAAUUUUAGGUUGCAUGAGGAAUAGGGCUCUUAUCUGUCACCCAGGUUGAUAUGUACAAGAAAUAAUUCUUGUUUAAGUCAGAACAUAUAGUUGCACUAGCAGUAGCUAACGUAACAAAAAGACAAAACACAUGCCGUCAUUUAGAGGUACCUGGUCCGAAAUUUUGUGCAAUAAACUUAAAAAGAGCAGAAUGAUCCCCUAAAAGGUCGUAAAAAUUUAAUCAUACUGUUGUUCUUGCAUCUGGAGCCUCCAAGCCGCAGGUAAGAACCUUCUGAGCCAAGUGAAGUGGCUACUACGGAUGACGCAUUCCCAAGCUGGAAGUGAAACGCGACGUGCACUGACCGAUGCGGCUGAGAAGCAGCAGGUGGACGCUAAUGAGCUCGAGAGAAAACUGUAUUCCGUGUGCCGGUGGAUUUUCCAAGCAUGCAAAUCCCCACAGGUGGUAGUAGAACCUUGGGACCGUGAAGUAUUCGUUGUAAGAGGGCUGGUGCCUAUUCACGAGCUCGUGAAGGCAGUCAGGGAGAAACACUCGAUGGAGACAAGAGAUUGCUGACAGCUAAGAAGUUUAGCCAAUUCACAUCUGCUGAAACGUUGCGCGAAGCAUAUCGACAAUAACCUGUGUACGGCUCCGGAAAUAGAAGUUAGUGUGCGUUUUCGUUAAACUCUGUCCAUAGAAAAACAGUUGUGUGGUCGCUGUGACCCUACUUAUAGCAUAAUAUACAGCGAAAUCGGGUCAUUCGGACCGACGAAUCGCGGCCUGAUUUAAGACAAAGGAGGCAAAUCAGUAUUUGCGGAAGAGUCAGCGGAACGUCCGUAGUUAAAUUUCUUCACCUCACUGUCCAAGGCGGUGGAGGGCCGUUGCCACUGUGCGAGACAAUACGGACCAAUGGCAAAAGUCAGUCUGAUGUCCUUUUAUCGGACCGUCGAUGGCGACGAACACAGGGGUCUGUUUAAUGCUGCGCGGCAAACUGACAUAGGGCUGAUCGUCGAGGGAGAACUGCUGAAAAUUUAAACGAUUAGUAUAAUACAAAAUCUCUCGUGGCUGUCAUAAAUACAAAAAUUGAUCGUGCAAGUGAAGAAUUAGUUACGACGAAAAAUAUUUGGGGCGGAGCCUAUUUCCAUAGACAAAUUAUCUCCGAUCCAAAUACUAACCGAAAUACCUGUAGCUGGUUAAUCAGCUACCGAAGACAUGUUACAGAGGACUAGUGGAAUGGUAGCGGCAGGCGGCGCGAAUACGAAAUAAUUACGUGCCUUUAGUGAUAUUUAUGAUCAAUUUAUCUGACUGCACUUUUCCUCGAAGCUUCGUUUGGUUAUCAAGGGGCAUUUGUCUCUGCACAAACGACGGGAAGGACAUUUUGACGAUAUAUGAGUGAGCGAUUGUUUCCUUACGGAAGGUAACCGCACACAGGCUAGAAUGCCUUCAAGAAGACUAUGAUAUAUGGGUUAUCCUCCUUCGUCUUUAUCAAACGCAGUUUUUGUAGCCGAUGCAGCUGAAUUUUGUUCUGAGUCGGUUGUUGGUGUCCCACUAAGGUCGGGCCUAAAUUAAAGGAUAUGCGAUCUGUUCGCAAUCUCGCCUUUUUCGGUUAACGUCUCAAAGUGUUUCCAAUAUGAACAUCGUUUACGACCCAGUUAUAAGCAACAAAACCUGACUGCGUUUAUUUUAUUGCAUGGUCACAAGAGUAGGUUUGAGUUGCUUCGAGAGUACCCCAACUUCUGAAAAAGCAAGCGCAAAAGGAGUGUUUUGGCUAGCGACGUUCCCAUGUGUCAGCCACCUGAACCAUUUUGUCAGUUAGCUCUAUUAUAUUGCAUAACUGUGAAGGUAAGGACUUCAUUUUGAUUAACGCAACUUUUUAAUUUUUUCUCUACACCAUAGAAAUCAGUCAAAUUGGACGUCUUUGAGUUCAGCGUCGGCGUCAGUCAUUCGGCUCUUGAUGAGGAACGUGAACGAAACAGUCGAAUUCGAGAAAAAAUCGAAUCAAUCAUUGCCUCUUUGAGGCAACUGGUAUGCAAAAGAUGCACAAAAUUUAUCUCAAAAGAAUGAGUAUGUAUUUAGCAGCAGCAGCAGUGUAAAGAGUCAUACUUCAAAAUUCAUUCCAAAAGUAUUAUCCAGAAUCAGGAUCAACUGGUGAUCAGGCGAAGAGCUGAAUGUUUGCAAAACAGUGGACUUAGCACAUGAUUCUAUACCGGUGCACAUGUUCGAAUCCUUCGCGUAUAAGUCAGCCAGAUGAAUUUCUUCGGAAGUAUGUCAUUUCCCAGAUAACCUUAAACGUGUCAGCUUUUGUCGACACCUCAAUACAAUGGCUUUCAGAGGAAAUGAAAGCUGCCAAGGCAAAUAUUACAUGGUAAACGAUAUUAAAAUAAUUUAAGUAGACAAAUGUCGGACUGUGUGAAUGGGUGGACUAGGUCCAGCCAUAUACGAGAGGCCUGAUGACAGUUGAAACGCAAACCAAUAUCCUAGCUGUGGAUUAGCAGGUCUGAACAAAGUAUGCAAACGUGGCUCAUAUUACUAAACUAACAACCGGAUGUCGGCGGAAAUAUGCAGACGGCUAGCGGUACGCUGAGCUAGUUCUUUUCCCUGACCCAAGGUGUAAUUGCUGAUAAAAGUUUCAUAAUUGCGGUUUUCUUGUCCUCAGCAUAACGCGUCUAUCGGUCUAUUCUUAUGGAUGCUGAAGAACCGAAGACGCUGUUAUUGAAACCCGUAGGUCAUGGAAAUGUACAGUUUUCCAUCUGAGGUCCACUGCAUCUCAUAGGCGGGCAAACCAACCAGACGGAAAGAAACAUUCUGACAAAUUAAAAAAUGCAGAGUACGCAUUGGCUAGCAUAUCUGUAGAGAAAAAUUAUUAAGAAGUUGCGUCUAAGGUUCAAAGACUUGUUUAUUUUUUACUAACGUCAACAUUCCAGAACAACCAAGUAUCUACUGAUCGUGCCGGUUCGCGGUAAUAUGUGUAGAAAAAUUAUCAAUGAUGAAAGGGGGGAUUUACUUAUCAGAAACAAUUAAUAAUCAUGAGAGGCGAUUGAAAUAUCGAUCUGCAUGAAGGGCUAGUCAUUGCGAAGGAGCUCCAAAACUGAUGAAUAAAAUAAAAGACCUGUAAAUUAAUAAAGAAUAAAUUUGUCAGCAAUGUGAAGAAACAAGGGGGUACAGUCCAAAAGGGAGGAGGAAUAUGGUCAAUGUGAAGUAAACAAGUUCAGCACACAUCAGAAUUCCAAAUGCGACCAAAUUUUUUACCGCGCCUAUUUCAUUCAUCGUCAUACAUCUGGUGACUAAGACUUUCUUGACAUUUCUUCCAGUCCUUGGAUGCACUUUUAAGAUUGGAUAAGUCUGUUGGGGGUUUCGUGUUCAGCAUAUGCAAGGUCUUCAGCUGCUUUCAUAAAGCAGACUACGUCUUCAAAACCCUUAUGUUGAUGGACCUGACAGUUCCACCGAUAUCACGUGCAAAAGUUAGAGCAAGUGGGCAUGACGUAAAAUACAGACUUUAUUCAUUUAUCAUGCAUCAAUCCUUGUUCACCGCUCGUGUGUCUACUUUCUGCGAACUCUACAACUUAGGGUGUUUGUAAGCUGGAGACCACUUCGUCUAUAGCCUUGCAUUUGUAGAACAUAAAACAUCCAACAGCUUUUAGCAGCUCUAAAAUUGCAUCCAAAACUGAAAGAAACCCCAAGAAAUGCUUGCCAAUGGGAAAGCUUUAACCACAAAAAAUAUAACGGCGCACGCAAUAGGCAAGAUGGAAAACCUACGCUGGGUAGUAUCAAUUGUCUUUUUUGUAUUUUGAUGCUUAAACUAUUCCUUUAAUUAUCGAUAAAUUUGUCACAUAUCUUGUCCUUAAUCUCACAUGACUGCUGAUUGUGCGAUAGUUAACGGAGUGAACACUUUUCUACUCUGUCCGAUCUUGGAAAAUCACUUUCGUUUGCACGGAGGCAGGUGGAGUGGACAAAAUCUGCUAAUUUCUUUGAAAAAAGAUUUGAUUUGUUGCCACAAUAGAUGGAAAAUCAACAAACGUGUACAUAUUUUUGAUUUUGUAUUGAGAUGGGGCGCUUAUCAUCGAUGACGCCGACUCUUUAUUCUGCUUAACAGUGCAGCAAACAAUAAUCAGUUAGUUCCCGAAUGUUUAUCCUUAAUUAAACUGUGGAUAUACAAACACCAUGAGUGACCUUCAAAAUGUCCGGUUUGGCCAACAAUGUGUGCAUGUGCGUAUGAAGUUAUUAUUAUAAAAAUCCAAAAAGUUAUUUGCAAUUUUUUAUUUAGAGAAAUCCCGAUACGGAACGUCAUAUGAGGAGCGCCAAUCAGCUUCUGGUGAGUUCCAAAAUAUCUCGCGAACAAUCGGAUUUCUAGAAAGCCGCAACAGCCAACACAGAUACCUUGAGAUAUUUAGAGUCUAUCUCCUGCCUUGAAGGAAUUUUUACGGUAAGUUGGUGGCAAACAAAUAGUUAAACAAACAAUUGCUUUAGGACGUAGCCAAAGCCGCAACUGUGACGGCUCUUGAUCUGAGUCGUGAAGAUGCAACCAGCACGAAAGUAUUUUCUACUCGCGUAAGUCCUGUUUUAAUUUUAGAGGUGGAUUAGUGUGCACAUUCAGACGAUCUACUGGACUACUGCAUAGGGUACAACGGAGUAAAUUUAUGUAAAGUAGACACGACGAACAUAAAGAAUCUAAAUUAUUGUUUCGCAUAUAUAUAACGAAAAAUUUCAGAAAUUAUUCAGUGCAGGGUAUGGAGCUAAGUCUCCAGGACAUGACUCUUUGGGGUCCGACCCGAAAUUUCAAUGCACAUUCGAGUCGAAGACAAUCAACUACCGUAGAAUAACCACGUAAUGCCUAUUCUACAAACAUGUAGUACUACGAAUAGUAUGAACUGUAUAGGGCAAACGUAUUAUAUAGUACUCCCGGCAUAGGUACUAACUAAAAGCUCACACACGCGUUUUGCCGAUAUUCUGCAGCUGCGUGACACAGCUGCGAGGGGUAAGACAUCGCAGUGGGUCCCCCCGCGUUCCCUAUCCGGUUUCUGGUACUACUCGCAGUACUCCUUGUUUGUAGAAUGGACAUUACUUGGUUAUUCCACAGUAGUUGAUUGUCUUCGACUCGAAUGCUUAUUGAAAUUUCGGGUCUGACCCCAAAGGGCCAUGUCCCAGAGACUUACCUCCAUGCCCUGCACUAAAUACUCUCUGAAAUUAUUCGCUUGAUUAUUCUCUGGAGUGUGUAUGCCAGAAACCGCAUAGGGAACGAUGGAGUACCCAUGGCGGGGCCCAAACCCACACAGCUGUGUCACACAGCGGCAGAAUAUCAGCAAAAGACGUGUCUGGGCUUUUAGUUAGUACCUAUGUCGGGAGUACGGUAUAAUACGUCUGCCAUAAAUACAUAUAAAUGCAAUUGGAAAACGCUGCCGACUUAUUUUAUACUGGAGACUGGAGCGGCCUAGUCGAUAGAUCUCUCAUCUUCAGUCCUGCACAUUCAGACUCAAGAGUCUUUGCGAAUGUCUCAUUCGACCUCAAACAUGUGCACACUUAUGCUGCAAAUCGGUGACAACACUUUUGGAAUUGCUGAUUGGGGACUGACUGGAGACAGAUGACGCUGUGAACACGUGAGAAUGAAAUUCCCUUGCGCUUUUCAGAGUUAAAGCCAAACAGACGACGUUCAUUAUAGUCUUCCUAGAGUGAGACUAGUCGAACCGACAGAUGCAAAUUCUCACAGGAUAACAUAUUGGUGUAGGCCGGAGGGAAUAACAUUCUGAUGCCAGUAACGACGUCAAUGCAGGUGGUGCAUUCCCGCAGCUGCUGACGCACGUUAAACGGAAAGUUAUUGUGGCUUUUCAUCGACGGUUGGCCUGAGUAGGGACGCUUAUUUCUUUAUGGAAUCGCGCUACCAUAAUCGCACAAGUAGGAAUCUAGGGUACUGUUUCAGUAAGUGGAGACACGCAGAUGGCACUACCGUAACCGUGAUACUUUAUUGUCAGUCCUCUGUAGUUCUGAAGGUGAAAUGUGGGGGGUUAAGGCAUUGGUGAGUGCGACCUUCAUCAAUAUGUGGAGGAAAUUAAAUCCUAAAUAAAUACAAUCGAGUUCACGAUCUCAAUAUAAAGUGACUCAAUUUCAGGACUACAGAGUUUACUCAUUUAUGUCGAACCGAAAGUUAGUACUCGAAAACGGAAACGAGAGGCAUACUUCACUUACAUUGCCCUUGAUUACCAAUGGUUUUAUGUAACUUUCGCAACGUUCAUUAACGCUGUACGUUAUAAUACAAAGCCUGUAAAAUCGUAUUGGAAUAUUGGUCGGAUAAGAUUUCCGAAGCUAGGUCUGCCCAUUAAUGCGCCGUAAUAGAAUUCAAUCCAUUGACUUUGCUUUUUUCUGCCUAAUCGAAAUUAGAAUAUAUAUAUAUAAUCUAGUGAUUCUACCGGCCCUUAUAGUGGGUUAAAAUCUCAACGGCUGAAUGGUUUGUAUACAAGUAAUCGCCAACACUCGAUUGGAGUUAUUUAAGUAGUAUUCCAAUUGGGUGAAUUUUUUGAGGACCUUUGUAUUGCGUUUCUUUGCUUUCACCAACCCACAGGCUACAGAAGUUAUACGUUUAUACCUCUAAGAGAAUGUUAGCAUGAAUUUCUGGACAGAACUCUGAGGGUCCUGUCCAGUCGAGAAAAUAGCCUAUGCCCUAAUUAUCAACCGGUAAAUAUGGCAAUGAUCGUACCUGCUUUUCUCUCCAAAGCUCCUGGAUGAAAAUGUGAAGCAGUGCUGGGAAUACACUGCACAACUCAGCGGUCUUGCUGCUCUUCACUUGAAUGCUGCCGCCGACUACCAUCAGGUAGGUCAACCAAAGACUUGACAGCUCACCACCCCUCCAUUUUUAGUUCAAUCAUUCCAUCAAUGAGAUUCGUGGUCACGCGAAACAAAUGCUCAAACUUUCAGAAAAGUGCGUAACUAACUUCGAGCCUGAGGGGCGCAUCGGAGAGGCAUCUAAAUUGUACGCGGAGAUGGAGGUAAGAGAAUAUAAAGACUUCUGUGAAGUCCACACUGUUAUUGCAGUUGAAUUUUCAUUUAUUUCUUUUCUUCGACCCUUUAAAUACGUGCGUGCAAUCUGGCGACUACUUCAGUUUAGACACUUGCUCAAUCAAUUCCUGCUGUGUCGAGAAGGCGUUUUAUUGGUUUAGACAAGCCCGUAAUUACAGUAGAUGCGCUUAUUCAUGAAAUGCUAACCGAAAUUCUGAAAUGCGUUUUAGACUCGAAAAGAUUGUUUGAGUAGUAUUGUAGUCUCAAUCAUCAUGCAGUAUAAUCCCAUGAUAAUUCAGCUGCAGCGGGACGCCCGCUUUUGAAAAAAACUUCUUUCCGGCCGCCUGGAAAAGCUACACCCAACAAAAAGUGGUUACUUAACUAGUGUGACUUCUUUUCAUUGAUUUUUGAUGCCACUAUAAAUUCAAACAUACUUCAUUGUCAAUCUACAUAAUAAUAUUCAUUAUCUUACUCAUUUGGCAGAAAACUACGCUUUCUUCAAAUUCUGUACUUGGAGAAAGGAUACAGUUCGGCUUUAAAGAUGUUCCCAAUUAUGAGAUUUUUAUGACUGUGAAAUGCCCGUUCAUAAAACAUCGUGUGUCUGAAUUCCCUAGUGCUACUUGUAAAGUUUACACUAUACAUCAAAUUCACUCCUAAAUUUUACGAACUCUGUACGGUCUCCUCUUAAUAGCAUAUCGAAAUUUAUGAUUUUCUGCACACGGAAGACAUACAGCUUAUAGUUUCGAAGCCCCGAGUGCAACUGUAAAGGCAGGUCGGGUUCAAAACCUUUCGGGAAUUGGAAAAGUUUUUUAAAACUGAAUUUUACCCUUCCUUCAAGAUUAAGAUUUGAAGAAAACGUAAGGCUGGCAUCCCUAGGCAGCUGAAAUAUUUCGGGAUUAUGCUGCAUGGUGACUAAUAUUACAGCCCGCUUAAGUAAUCUUUUCGAGUCGAGAACUCAUUUCAGGAUUUCGGUUAACAUUUCAUGAGUCCCGAUAGUGUCUGCGUAUGUCUCCUAUACAAACCAUUCUAGUAAUGGACAAACUACAGUGAAAGCCUUUACGGAAAGUUAGCAAUUAAACGGAAAAUUAUACUUAAAGAAUUUCAAGAUCGCACGAAAAAUAGAAGUUUUCGACAACCUCUGAUUCAUACUGCCCACAAGCCUGACAAAAAUUAUCCAGUAUAGGUUUCGAAGAAAGUUAAACAGAUUCAAAAAUGUUGGAAACAGUAAAAUGCGAGAUUUGCAUUUUACAUUUGUUGAACAAACCAUUAGAUCGACAUGUAAGGAUAUCAGUGGUGACAAGACUUUAAAAGUGAAAUGCAGAACUAAUCAAGUUCUCAGCUGAAUGAAUAACAAUCUUUUACAUGUUUUACUAGUUACUUAGCGUGGCGAUCUCCUACCGCUUCUUUAUUGUCCAUUUUCCAGGUCAGUUUGUGACUUAUGUUCACGUUAUUAAGAGCCCGAUCAUCCUACGUGGAAAUCACCUUACAGGACUUUUAAGGGCUCAAAUACUUUAAGUCAAAGCUCCUUCGCCUUCCCAUUUUCUCCUCCACAAACUUCCGAAGGUGCGAACUUAGUUCCACAUUUUAGUUUACCUAAGUUACUGGCGAAACCGCUGGACUCAGCCACGCGUUGCUGUGGCUCGGUCUGAUAAAAUGGAAAUGAAAGGAAAGAGGAAGGGACACGCUCCUAAUAUGUUUACUUUCAUAAUGCUUGUGGGCGUAAAAUAACAUUUUCGCACAAUGGUCUAUGCAGAUAUAAAGAUUGUCUGGUUUACUGACUCUGGUGCACGCAACAUGUAGUUGGCCACGUGAGAAGCAAUCCAUCUGCAGAUCCAAACCCUACAGUUCUAAAGAUUGACCCUGAGCUUUGUUGAUGGUGGUUGCAAAUGCCAAUUGAAUUGGGAAAUGCAGUCGCCUAAAUUGAAAUGGCACGUCAUUUGAAAUCGGUGGAAUGAGAGCAAUAAGGACAUGUCCACCUUUGAAAGGUCCUGUCAAGAAAGUUGCAACAACGACGUUGUUCAUUGAUGGUUUUUCUGCAAGCUGCGUGCUUUUGCAAAGCUUCGGCCUGUUGAUAUUACGCAGCAUGACAACCGGCACACCGAUUUUUAAUUGCAGUGCGUGCGGCAGCAUCCCUGGCGGAUCAGGUGAAUUCCGAAAUUGUGUGGGAUAAUUAACUGCCUCGUCUGCUUCCAUAGCAUUGUCGACGGACGUGUAUGUGACUGCCUCGCUUUGAAUCCUAGACUGAAUUAUAUGGUUAAGAUGGUACACAUCUUUGUUCUUGGCCGCAAGAAUAGCGCGUUGAUAAACCACUCGAGUGAUAUAAUUGGUCUGAAUAUUGGGAAAUAGCUUUUCAACCAAUUCCUCAUUUGAGGACAGUAAAUUGCCGAAGGUAAGAGGUAGGGAAAUGCUUCCUGAAGUCGGAUCAGCUGGCACCAUUGCAUUCCCAACUGCCAGCAAUUAGUGUGAGAAUACCUCAGCUGUUUGGUCGUUUUGCAGCUGGACACGCAUAAUUUUACCGUCUGGACUUGGCGCCACAUAGAAGAGAAUUUCAGGCAGGCCUUUAUUUUGUCCGCUGUUGUCGAUCGGGGAAUUAUCAGCAGUGUUUGCCUGAAGUCUCCUGCAAGCAAUAUCAGCGCGUCUCCAAAUGGUCUGCUGUUUCUGCGCUAACUUGCAGUGGUCGAUCAACGGCCUCGAGCACAUUCUUGUGCGCCAUUGUACAUUCAUCACAAACAACUAUUUUGCAUUUCUGCAGUACUUUUCCCAUACCGGAUGUCUUCGAAAUGUUGCACAUGGUAGUUUCAAUGAAUUGCGCGUUCAAAGGCAAUUUCGAAGCUGAAUGAACGGUUUUUUUCCGCCAGGUAGCAGAGUUGCAGCUGUUCCGGGGAUGCAAGUGCUAGGGUUAUGUCAUUUUUUGGAGCGAAUUGCCGUCACAAUCAGUCAUAGUAGGUACGUUUUGCCAGUCCCUCCUGGCGCAUCUAGGAAGAAGAUUCUUCCAAUCCCGCUAUUGACAGUUCGCAUUAUUUGAUCCUAAAUGCCAUUCUGCUCCAGUGUCAGGUUAGGAAUGUUUGAUUGCAAGCAUGGCAGAAGUUCAACCGUGUUGUAGUUUUGCUUAGGAUGCAAGUCCACAUCUAACGAAGCAACAGCACAUUGGUUUGGUGAUGACAUUCCCAUUCGAUUACGAAUUUUGUUCGCGAUUUCUACGUACAUAUGCUCAAUCACUAUUAACGCCUCGCUGAAUAUGCCGGAUUGUCCGUCGACUCACUCUCCUUGUUUGCGUCGUUCGGAAGAUUUUCUACACUCAUUCCAUGUGUAAUACGUAGACACUUCCGCAUACAGCACUUUUUUCGCAAUCGCGGGUGGGAGGGGGUGGUGUUAACCGCAUCCAGUCCUCGUCUCCUUCCCCGAGAAUCCGAAAGGAAGCGGUAACAGCCCCCUUAAAGUGGCUUGUGGGUCAAGUUCAAGUGGCGUCCAAGAGUUGCGUAUUUUGCCCAGGGGUUCUUUGCCUGGCGACCGAUAUUACAUCGGUCCAGGGGGGGGGAGUAUGGUCAAGUGUCUGCAGGGGGUGUGAGCGCGGCCGCCGGGGGGAGCACGUGCGUUUGAGCGGAUGUCGGCUAAGUGGCUCGGCGGGCGCAUGUGUGUCCGUGUGGCUGCCGGUCAAGUGGCCGCAGGCCGGCGCGUUAGCAGGUGGCGUUGUUAUGCCAGAAAAUAAGCAUGUUUUUUACCCAUCACAGGCGUGCCAUCUGCAUAAUUAUGAAAGUAGGCAUAAAAAAUCUGGCCCUAUGCGCAGGCGAGGUUGUGUCUAAAUUUCAGAGCAAUCGGUGCUGUACCUUCCGAGAUUACCUAUAACACACGGAAAAACACUUCCAUUUUUACAUAUAAGAAAGAUAAGAAGAGAAGAUUCGUGACAGAUAUUCUUGCCAUACUUAUGAUACAGGCACUAGCUAAAAGCCCGUAUGCCUGUUUCAUCGGUGCUGCUGCUGUUGCCUGACGCAAUUACGAGAGGUUCGACUCCUCAGAGGGUCCCCCAGUCUUCGCUAUAAGGGUUCUGUUUUCGACUUAAGUGUUCAUUACAACCUCUUAGCUAACCCAGAAAAGUCAUGCCAUGGGCACUUGAUUCUUUGAUGGUUUCCUAAAUGAUUCGUACGAUAUCUAAAUAUAUACUUCUCAGUCAAUGAGUGUUUUUGGUGAGGAGGUACAAAAAGAUGGCACUCUUUAUGUGCAUAUACUCGAUCUCAUUAAAUUAGUCGAUGGUCCAUGUUGUAGCAGUUAUAGCCCUGAACCAAGCUCAAGCGCAUACCUUGUUAAAUAAUAAUAGUGAGCUUUUCAGACUUUUCCAAACUUUAUUUUGUACUCCAAGUCAAAUGUAUCAUUUUGCUCAGUUGUAUUACACGUUUCUCUGUUGAUCAUGGUUGUUUUUCGGCCGACUUUCACCCUGUCUGUCGGGUUAUUGGUGCGUUUGGCCGUUCCUUCGCAAGUAAAGUUAAAUGUCUCCACUACUGCCCUUUUUAUCUUUAAUUAGGAGCGUCUGAAAGUCUUUGCCGAUCUCUCCAAGCGUGUACAAAAUCUGGUGCUAACAGCUGGUAAGAUUGUACCAAUCUCCAGUCGUCUGCUGGAAGUCCACAAGGGCAAAGCGAGGGAGCUGGAGGAGGAUGAACCUUUGAAAGUGCAACUCUUAAUGACUUUCGUGGGCAGCAAUUACACCGUUCAGAAGGGUGAAUGCCUUCCGCUCCUCGACACAACCGAAAAUCCUUAUCUUUGGAAAGUGAAGACUCCAAAGGGUGCAAUGUACAUUCCCUCCAUUGCCUGUCUCGUUAUCUCUUCAAAUCAGGAACUCAUUGAUGAUGCCAACGGGUUAGUGCUAGUCUAAGUUCUCUGCACUAAACCGUGCAACCUAUGCACUUUGGACACCAGAAACGUCCUCGGUAAAAUUAUAUCAUUGGUUAUACUCAACUUUAAUUUACAAAGGGAAAGGGAACUGAAAUCGUGUCCUUUUACAGCUUCGGGACCAAUUUAAAAACAUUUUUCACGACCAUGACUUCAUGUGCAAGUCUCUCGUGGUUUAUCCGAUCAUAUUACAAAGUAUACUUAAAUUCGUUAAUCAACAACAUACCUAAAACAGACACUUCUUAUUAACAACACGAAUAAAGUCUGGUUGCCUUAAUUAAGUUACUAGAAUUUCAUGUAUCGUUUGAGUGUCUGCUUUGUUGCUGAAGUAUUUCAAAAAUCUUUACAGAAACAGCAGAUAUAAAUUUGGUUGGACAAACAUGAAAUUAUGUCAAUAAGUAUGUGACCGCUUUCGAAAACACGAAUUUGCGCCUGUAUGAAAUGAAGUCGUCAAGAAAAUAAAUAAAACAUCUCGUUUUACGUAAAAUGGUGAGGCAACGGAAGAUCAGACCACCAAAUAUAGCAGAACCUGGUGUCCUUUGCAUACCUAAUAAAUUUCGUCGGUAUACUGACAAGACAAUUUGCAGCAAAUUGUUGUUGAAUCGUUCAACAACAAUCAAAAAUCGUUUGGCGACAAAUUCAGCAAUGUCGGUGCCCCAAAAUGCUUGUGUAUCCUUUGGUUUUACUAAACCAUGAGUUAUAAAUGCCACAAACGCUGUGAAUGGCAGUCAAGAGAGUGAGUGCGCUUUUCGUAUGAAUCAGACAAAAUAUUCAAAGUGAAGUUUAACUAUCCUGGUCUAACACCAAUGCGAAGAAGGCCUCCAUUAGUGAUUUACUGAGCAGUUAAUGUAAUAUUUUCAUUUUCUCAAGGAUGCGAUCAGAUGACUUCAUUAUUUGAUGGGAAUACACGAGAAAGAUGCGUUUAAAGAAGACUAAGUAUUACGUUUUCUGCGCCGAUCUGUCAACCUCCUUAUCGGUGAAGGAAAACUGCCUAACAACUUUCAAAGACCCAUCUCAUCUUAUUCUUAAACUUGAAUAUGAACUCAUCUUUCUUAAAACACCGUUCUAGGCCAGUUGCAAACUUUUCGAAGAUUUUUAUCCGUUAUUGCUCAGCGACUGUAUUCUUGGAUUUGUAGAUGGACGAAGUUUUUGGCAACAUUAGAAAAUCUUCUGACUCGAAAUCACACAAAGUUUGCUAGGGCUGACUCACGUGGCCUAUAUGGCAAAGCUUAUGGUGCACCCUAAUAACUGGCCAUUUUGCGAAAGUCUCUUUUCUACAUUGUCAUUCACACUAAGCAUGGCGGCUGUGUCAUCUGUCUGAAAUUUGGUCAAACACACAGAAAUCCAGCAGCAGUGGUAGCUAAUCUCCGUCAGUGAAUGUUGAUCCACCUUAGGCGUUCGUCAAGAGCAUCAACACUUUCUAAACAUCGACCAAAAUCGCCUUGCCGAUCUAAAACCUGCUGGACUUCUGUUUGUCACAAACGGCGCUGGUUUCUGUGAAUUUUUUUACUACAUAUUUCCCCUGUUAAAGAAGCGUGAUAUUUCUUUCAACUGAUAAUAUGAGACUUAGUGCUGUCGUUUGAAGUCAACUCUUUGUUUUUACCUUCACCGUUACCAGCAAUAAGAUAACAAACCCGAAAGUAAGAAAAACUUCUUGCACGGGUGUAAAGUAUGGAUACACAACAAUUUCACGUCAAAAACUCCCUCCAUAGUUUAUUUUGGACGUUUAUCAUUUAUACAUCAAUAUUUAUUAGGGUCCUUAACUGCCUACUGUGAAAUAAGAUAGUCCACAAUGAAUUUUGAAAAAACCUAUCAUGAAGUCAAGAUGUCUGACCCUUUAAAUCUCUUCAGCAAGUCAGAGCAAAUGACAAGUCCACGCAUCGGCAAGGCUUUCCGCAAAAGUGAGGCCUUAGAGCGAGUGAUCGAUCUCCUGAAAUGUUGGCUGAAAUUCUGAAAUGCGUUUUCGAUUAGGAAGGAUUACUUAUGCGCGGUUGGAAUACUGAUUAUAUUUCGGCAAAAUCCUAUAAUAUUUUCAACUCGACAGGAUGUCAGCUUUUGGAUACACUACUUUCCGAUCUCCUGUAGAAACCGUACUCGGUAAAAAUGACUACCUUAUUAGCAUGCAUUUUCCAUUGAUUUUCGAUGUCCUUACAAAUUCAACUAUAUCUUAUGAAAACUAUGAAAGCAAAUAUGAUUUCUUUCAGUUGUUUGAUAGAGAAUUACGUCUUCUUCCUAUUUUAUACUCAAGGAAGUAGUAUAAUUAGGUUUUUAAAGGUUUUCUGAUUGCCGAAUAAUUUGGAGCCUGAUCGUUCGUUGCAUUAGUGCUUAGUUAUUUCAGUCUACAGGCUGCAUACGUUCCGCGUAAAGAAAAUAACAUAUUCUUUAUGCUUUUAAAAAGAUAUCAUAUAGAGUCCAUAAAAUUUUGCAAUGGGUGCGAGCUAUGUUGAACAUUUCAUGAGGAGCAGUGGUAGGUGGACAGGUACGAUGCUAUGUGAGUGGAUAUUGCGCGGUCUUAAAAAAUCUCAUAAUUAGAAACUCUUUCAAAACCUGAUUAUGCUCAGUCUUUGCGUAUGAACUAUGAAGAAGAAGUAAUUCUCUAUCAGUCGACUGAAAAAAGCAUAUUUUCGUUUUUGCUUUCUAUAAAAUAUAUUUUAAUUUGCAAGACCAUCGAAAAUUAAUGGGGAAAUGCAUGCUAAUUAAGUAGUCAUUUUACUAAGUAGUUUUUACAGGAGAUUGGAAAGCAGUUUAUUCAAAAUCUGACAUCCUGCCGAGUCGGAAAUAUUAUAGGAUUAUGCCGCAAGAUAAUCAGUAUUACAACCGCGCCUAAGUAAUCCUUCCUAAUCGAAAACGCAUUUCAGAAUUUCAGCCAACAUUUCAUGAUAUCGGUCACUCUCUGUAGAUCAUCGUUCUUCAUUCGUGGGAUAAAAUGGAUAGAAAAGAUACCAGGAGCAAUUUCAGAAUUAAUAUUUACUCAAAAAACCGCGGGCAUUAAACAAAGCGAAGACCUUAAAAUGUAUUUAACCUUGUCGAUUUUUGCUCAUCACAUAUUACUUUGACUGUAUAACUUUUUUAUUCGUAAUCAAAACCGGAGUCCCUAAAAUUGAGGUGGUAAGUACAUUUAAGCGAAUUCCCCGAAUCAUCAGUCAAGACUUAAGGAAAUGAAGUGACCUACAUUUGCUUUAGAAUAAUGUUCUACGAGUCUACAGCGCUUUUUACAACCAACAAUAGCAAACUCCACCCAAAAAGGUUCUUAACCAUGGGCAAUAACCCUAUUCAUGGGAGCAAACCAACACCCAUACUUGAUUAGGCGUUGUGCUUAGAAUUUAAUAAACAACGUAUAGCAAUGAUGUGAAAGGAUAAUUCUCAAGAACAUGCGAAGCCUACAAAUUCUGGCAUCUAAAAGGGUUCAGUCGUGUGUAAACAGACCAAAACAAUUUUCUGGAGUGUUUAUUUUAAGUCCUGUAAAAUCAAACCACCAAAAGCUAUUCGAGAUCGUUUGGAAAGUUUUCGCCGAAAAUUCGGGAAAAAGGAGCAUGCCUUGACAGGGGAUUAUUUGGCUUAUAUCCGUUAAUGGGUAUAUACGAAUUCAAUGACAAGAGGUGUAUUAAACAAAAUAUCUAUGGUUUAAUACUGCUUGUAAACAACUAACCAAAUACCGUCGUUUAUUUUUGCUAUUUCAGAUAAGACUUUGCGUCUACCUAACAGUAAACAAUCAGUUUAAACCCCCAAAGGCCCGCAGAGCCGACAGAAUAUUGCUUUUAACUUUUAAAACUAAGAGCUUUCAAACGUUAGGCGACAGGCCUGAUACCUAAGCUCUUCUAAAACCGGUCAAAAAUUCAGUUAACUAUUUAUAAAUAUGCGAGACCGAAAAGACCAUUCGAAGUUAAUUGGUCGAUAUAAGCCAAUCUUACUUCAGACCGACAGUUAAUAUACGGAGUUUGGAAGUGGAUGGAAGCUCCAAAGCGAGACGGUGUCAUCCUAGAUCCCUAUCCGCAAUUGGCAUGGAUCGAUUAACUCUCCAGCUUGAUGAAAAUUUAUUAAGUUUGCUGAAUUGACGUCUGCAUAAGGUCCAUGGACCCUACUCUAUUGUGGCUGUCAAACCACAAAAACCCAGCGCCUAUUUCAAUUCGAACUUUUCUGAGCUCCGCUUUUUCCUGUUAAAUCAAACAAGACUGUCAUAGUUCUCAUUAUUUCCCGUAUUUCAGGACAACAGCCGAAAUUCUAAGGACUUGGGGAGGAUGCCUCACUAAUUACAGAAAACAACUCGCCCAUCUGUACUACAAGUACCUAAAGAAUCUAACGGUAAGUGAGUCUCGUUGGGGCAUCUCUGUCUAGUUAAAAUUAACUUUUGGGAGUGCGGAUUUGGCCUCUUCCACUUUAACUGAAGAAGAGCUUGUAUUGCUUAUAUGUUCAGCGUUCGAAAUACAUGAUAUUGUGAAGGUUUUUGUGCAGUAAACACACUAAAACUAGGUCAAAUUUUGAGGGGCAUGCCAGAAAUUGUGCCACUUCCCUAUUGUUGAUUACGCCGAUGGAAUAACCAGCACAAGCUGCGAUCUGGUCGUCAAACACUGGAACUCCUUUGACAAUUUCCGUAAAUUCAGCGAUGGGAACUUUGACUGGACAAAUUGGGUGAGUAGUGGAAAGUGGAAGUGUUCUGCAAUUUGAAGUAAGUAUAUCAUGGGCAGGUCGCAUGUUGUUGCCUACCUAUGGUGGAAGUUGGGCUACGAGGUCAUUUGAAACUCAGUAUUGUAACAUUAUGGACGGCUGAAAGUGCCUCCGAAUGUAGAGGACCUCGUAAAGGGGAGAGAUUUAACUGAUACAUUUGGGUCUUAGUAGAAAUCAUUGGAGUAAUGUGAUAGGGCUAACGGGCAAGAAGUCAACUCCAAACCCCAGUCUGAUUAUUACCAUUUAAAAAAAAUUCUAAGCCCAUGAGGUUCGCAUAACCGCGCCUUAACUGACUUUUAAAGCAUUUUCUGCAUAAUGUCCGCCCACACAAUCUUACACGUCUUUUUACAGAAUGUUUCUACUACCGACGAAAAGGCAGCCAAUCGAUUUCUGGAAGAUCUCGAGCGACAGUUGAUUUUGACAGACGUAGAUGACGGAAGAUUGGCAAGGGUGUACAACAAAAUAAGGUCAACAUUGCGCGUUCAUGGUGGUAAGUUUAUAAAUUUUUGUCCUCCGAUCCUGAUUUAUAAUUGGUACGUCGCGAUUACUCGUCUAUAUCUGUCGAUAAAACUCUGAUCGAAUCCUUGUCGCUUGGUCCUAAGUUUUGCUGUCGUUGACAGAGAAACACGAACAUCUGGAGUUAAGAACACAGGAGAAACCAAAGUAACUCCUGCAGAACAAAGAUAUUCUAAUAACUAAGUCAGAUAGGGGAGCUAGCGUUGUUUUGACGAACAGGACCGAUUUUGUUAUAAAAAUACGGUCAGUAAGGAAGGGUUGUGUAACCUCGCUAGGUUUAAUAUGCGUUACUAACCAUUAUAUUCAUUUUAGUAGGUCUUGUUUAGUUUACUAAUUCAUUGUUACAUAACUUUACCCAUCGAAGUUUGCCUAGAAUACUAAGAUAACCACAACCACCGAGUCGUUUCGGUAUGACUUUUUUAGUGGUAAAUUAUUUGGCAUGAGGUGUCCCUUGGUUUUCGCCUCCCUUUCCCCAACCUGUCUCUUUCAAAAGGUAGCCAGGCCUUUUGUGUCACGGCUGUACUCAUAAUGCAACGCAUUCUAUAAGGAUCGUCGGCUCCGUUUUGGUUUAUUUUGCCUCGGUUGGAGCACAAACGCUCGGCUGCCUCGGUGUUUGCUAACAAUGUCUGUUGUCGGAAUGUGUUCACCGGGACUUAUUUACUUCUUCGAAAUGACUAGCUUAAUUUCCUUGUGCCGUGUCGGUUCUCACCAUAGAAGGCGUGCUGUGAGGAUCGUCAUGCUUUUUGGUUUACUUUACCUCGGUUAGAACACAAACGCUCAACUUCCGCGAUGUUUCUGUGUGGUCUCUGUCGUCGAACGCGUGCUCCAUGGCUUACUUAGCUAAUCGAGAAUGCCUGUUCGUAGUACCUCGCAUAACCAGUAAUAAGACAGCUAGAUGCAGCUGAGUUGACGUACAACAAUUUACUUGCAGAUUGUCGUUAAAUGGCGUUAAGGAAGGAGUCCUUCAGAUUCCGUGUUCGAGAAUCUAUUGCACCGGACAUGCUUCCACAAUAUGCGUCAGAGAUAUUUCUUACGCUUGCUUUAGCCAAACGUUGUCUAGGCCAAACCGCAGACGGUAUUGAACCCCGUCUACGCGGGUCCAUAUUGCCCGAUGCGACACUGGAACCCCCAGAGCUUUCAACAUCGGCCGCACCGGAGCACAUACGUCGGUGUGCUGGCGCAUCUGCCGUCCACAUUGACAUCGUGUCAUAUUAGAUGGCAAUCCCCUUACUCGGCAGUAUUCUAUCACCUUUUUCGAAUUUAUGACUCCAGUUAUGUUCUUCGCUUUGAUCAGAAAAUCAAGCUGCGGUUAUCUGACUUUUCUUCCAUCUGGAGCUGUUUGUCUGUAUUUUAGAAGGAAAUUAUCAACCACGAUCACCUAGCCUGUCCAUAAAUUCAUUUCAUUGUUAUACAUAAGCCUUACAUAUCCGCAUUUAUUGCCCUCAAAUUUUUAUUUUACACUAGUAGUUGAUAUAUUACGAACCUACAUACGGACGUUCAUAAUUACGUUAUUUUACUUUUUCCGUGUUCACUGGGGGUGUAUUUUCAUAGCUUCUCUAGUACUCAAGUGCGUUACGCCGCCUCGCAGUUUAUUUCCGCGGUUAAAUAUUUUGUACUUAUCAUUCUUCUCUCACAUUACUUGCUAGUGCCAUUGGUUCCGGAGCCGUCGCAAAUUUGUAGAUUAUUUGAUUACCUUAUAUUAAGGUGGGAUGUGGUUAUGUAUUCCCGACUGAAGUAAACAAAACCCAGCCACCUGUAAUACGGAACCGUUGGUAAUAGGGGUUUUUACAGGUAGGGCUGGGGAACGCACAGGCGACGAGGCCAAGUAGUUGUAUGCAAAAGAAAAGUUAUUGGGAAUCCGCAGGUGUAUUAUGAGUGGUUGAGAAAUAGUUGCGCUAACCCCUAACACUAACCCCCAACUCAAAACCCUAAUCCAAAAACCUAGCCCCUAACACUAACCCCUAGCCAUAACCCCUAAUCCUAACUUCUACUACUAACCCUAAACCUAACCCCUACCCCUAAACCCAGACGAAACAGUAUUGUGUCCAUCGGGUGGGACUACCCAACCACAUCUUACCUUUAUUUCUUGAGAAUUGUUCAUUGUUCACUUUUCAAUUACCACGCUUACUUCCGUUGCUAUAUAUAGAUAUAGAAAAUAAUUUCAGUGGAAAUCUACCUAGUUUUUAAGUUUUGAUGCAUGCAUGUCGCUCCUCCUCCGCGGUGACAUCGCACACGCAAAACCCCUAUUACCACCAUUUCCGUAUUACACGAGCGUGGGGUUAGUGGUUGAAAAGUGGAGUCACACAAUCUACUGUUCAAUACAGUCAGAUCUGUCGGGUCAGGAAGAGUCCAGAAAGACAGAAUAGGAGAAAGAUAGUAGAUUCGAGGUUGUUUGAAAAACUUCAAACAAAUAGUUGCAUAAGCAAAACGACGUAGAUCGUCCCCGACCCGUCGGAACGCAUAUACUUCGGUUGUACGGUUUGCCGAAGAUCCACAAAGAUGGCACAUCGGCUCAUCCAUUCCUCAAAACGAGAAACUCGCCGUAUCAUCCCACAGCAAAAUGGCUAGCGGACAUACUUUAGCCAUUGAAUCAUCAGUUAACGCCACACAACCAUCAGAAUACCUUUGAAUUCAUUAACGGCAUGAAAGACUUUGACCUAAACGGAAUGGUAAUAUUUAGGCUAGACGCCUCGUCUCUUUUUACGAAGGUGCCGGUCACGGAAACCGUCGACUACUUCUGUGAAUUCAUUGCUUCCAAUCAGCAUAAUAUAGGAAUCCCAGUGAAUACCCUUAAGGAAUUGGGGUUGAGGUGUACCUUUAACGCGCAUUUCCUAUUUGAGAGCAAGCUCCAUAGACAGAUGGACGGAGUAGCUAUGGACUCUUCCCUUGACCCGCUUUUGAUGAAUAUAUUCAUGGGCAAGCUAGAAGCUUUCCAGUUACGUCACCAGAUCAACGGUCUGAGAUACAAUGAACGUGGAUGGCGUCUUCCCAAUUGCACCGAAGCAUAAAAGACGUCUCAGUUCUACUGGAUGAUAUAAAUCAGGCAUCACUUAUCAAUCAAAUUCACUCUAGACGAAGAACAGUCCGGUUCGCUUCCCAUUCUGGACGCGCUUCUGAGUGGACGGCCUGACGGCAGUAUCCGACAUAGCGUCUGUUGUAAGAAGGCGUGGUCCGAGAAAAACAUCACUUUUGGGAAUUUGGUACCAUUAAACUUUUGAAAAGAAGGGUGACAAGAAUCCGCUCAGUUUAUAACAUUGAGAAAGAGCUUACGAUCAUCGAAAGUCCUUUUUCGCCAGAACGGAUACCCUGAUUGAUUCAUGGCAAAGAACAUGGCCGAAAGACCACCAAAGUCCCCGAUACUGACGGCAGGAAAGGAAAGGCUUUUCACCAGGGUUUUAUUUCAAGGAGACGCGCCAAGUGAACUUUUAAGAAGACGCCUAACUCAAGCUGUAUCGCGGACCUUCCCAGCGGCUGACACCCGUGUACUGUUCUCCACUAGUCCCAUCCUAUACGGAGAGGACAAGGACAUACUAUCAGCUCAGACCACCUCUAUGUGCAAUUACUCCUUCACCUGCUCCUGUGGGGCAGAAUGUAUUGGUCGCACGAGCCGGCGUUAGUCCAAAAGAGUAAAAGAACACUCUCCAGCAUGGUUAGGAAGGGUCAGAUAAAGAACACUGACAGCACUCUCCUCGCGCACAGACCACCGUGUAGAUGCCAGAAAGGCAUUCCGACAGAAUUACAAGGUUCCGUCAAGCCAUGGAAAACUACUUGGGCAACGUCUGUUGGCCACGGCAGAGGCGACUGCAGUCGGGUUACUCAAAUCGGUCCUGUGUGCAUAUGAGGACUUUAUACAGGUCCGACAGUUGCCAUGGGUCAAAGUCACCAAACCUGCCAUCUGCAUGUAAUCACCUGUCCCGGUGCCCACCUUCCUUCUGACGUUGACUGGAAUUUUGGUGUUUCACUCCCCGCCUCCCUAAAGCCCGAGCUACAGCAUAAUUAUCUACUUGUCCGCAUCGUUUAUUCAUUAUUUCCACAACAUUAUGGAUGUACAGGCCUGAGGAGAAUUUGUCGAAAGCCGACAUGUGCUUGUCAAAUUAUCUUUUGAAUCUGGUGAUCGUCGAUUGCGAACGUUUCUCUCAAAUUCUGUUAGCUCUCCAAGUUUAAUGCUCGUUAAUCCAGACCGCUGUCGAGGAGUGAGGACAGAAUAAGACAUUGUAGUAAACGAUCCAUUAAUAUUAUUAAGCCAAACGGGCAGAUUUACUUGUCGGAAAGAUUGUCUGAAUUAUUAUGUCAUCUAAAUUCGAUCCAUUUUCGUGACGAUGUAGAAGUGGUUGACAAGAGAUACAGGCGGACGUGAUGGAACGUGGUCUCGAGCGCAUCCUCAGCCCUGUUCUCUUCACUUUGUAGUUUUCGGUUUGUUGGUGGGCCAGUUAGUCUAGCUUGACUCGGUUGUCUGCUGUCAGGCGGUUGCAAUGGGGGACGAUGUUUCACAGUGUUUUGAGACUUCGGCAGGUGUCGAAGCUCAAGAGGAAUAAAUUGAGUGUUUCCGAUGUUCGUUUAAAUAGACAAAUGCCCAAUUUAACUUCGGAAACUGACCGCCAAAAUGCCAUUUCAAGUCAGUUUUUGCAUUGCAUUAUGCUGUCUUCUGACUAGGCAUCUUUCCAGCCACCCGCCUAGAUUACACUUGGAAGAGCUCAUAACUUGAUGUUUAUGUUUAAAACUGCUUUUAUACCGUCCUUAUAAACGUAAUCGUACAGUAGAAAUAAGCCAUAAGAAAUCAGUGUCCUAUAGUCAUUUUACAGUUAACAUCUUUUUCAAAGUUCACACUUUAAGAAAAAAACGUAUUUUGGUUUUGACGACAUUUAUUUAAGACUGUGUAUUCUGAAACAACCUCUAUUUCUGCAUUAUUGCGAAGUGACAACAACCCGUAAGGUUUUUUGUAUGAAAGAAAUGCAUACAUUCCUCCAUACCCCUAUGAAACUGCCUUUUAGUACAUAUUAUCAGAGUAACACUGCUUACCAUGAUAGUGCCUCAGAAAUCCACAUGAGUAAAACACUUUACAAAAUAAAGUGCACCCUUUAUUCACUUAAAACAUUUGGAAGACAGUUUACCACGAAACAACAGGGGGGAUGACUCAUUUGUGCGUCUUUUCAAAAAAGAUUUUCUUACUGUGUACAUAUAAUGCAGACGUCCUAGAAAAGCCAAGACUGUCUACGUAUUAUUCGAAUACAAUGCACAUAACUUGCCUACAAAGCUCAGUAUACCGUCAAUGUGCUUUAACUUCUGUUCCAUGGUAAUUAAUUCCGCAAUGUCCUGAGGCAUUCUUUUUGUUCGAAAGGGCUGCAAAAAAAUCGGCCAGUUUUUCACUAGCUUCGACGCAUAUUGUAAUUCCGGAGCACGGGAAUAGGUUUCUUUGAAUUGCAGCGGUUGAAGUAUUUUAGGAGUGACACGCAUUCUGUUAAGUGGAUCCCCCAGAAUCGUCUUCUGUGCUUAGCAUGGGUUGGACGGAAUCGCUAGAUAUGCCAUCGAGUACAGCAGACAACCAUGAUAGAAAAGUUAUGAGAUGCAUGCAGUAGACAUAAUAUUGAUAGAAAAUAAGUUGGAUAGUAAAAUUAUAGUUAACUAUACAAGAAAUGACGAAUUUUUUUGCAUUUAAAGUAUUUGCCUGGAGGGGUCAUUCCGACGUAUCUGCAACAGAGCUGGUGAGGGUGGAGCUGUAGGCAGCUGCAGGAGUGUGUAAAAGGUAGAGCAUGAGACUGGUGAGCAGGAGUUGGAUAAUUGUCAGGAUUUGCGAGGAAAGUGACACCGGUCAUCCACACCAGACAUUAAGUGAUGUCAACCCCAUUCUCAGUGCCUUCGGAAGUGUCCUUUUUAGCGGUUCAAACAAAGUCAGUGCAUUACAGAAUACUCGUACAGGCAAAAGUAAUUUUUCAGCAUUAUAACGUGUCUCACUCACAGAUGUGAACCAAGCGAAUGGUUUCUAUCAUUUAUAGCUUGCUUUGAUUCAAAGUAUCCUGCUGUUCUAUUGAUCUUGUUGACUGUCGAUUCCUUUAGUCACAGAAUGUCACUUGCACUAAACACAUCAGGGGCAUAUAUCAUAUUAACUCAGAUUAAGGUUUAAAGUUAAAUCCUAAUCUUUAAAGGCUCAUAACUCGUCUCAGAACAGAAAUCCAUUAAUAGUUACGCAUUUUGCUCAACGAGAUAUAUGUCUACCUUUUAUAUCACGACAAAAAAAUUGAGUUUUCUAGCAUUCAACAAUACCUGAGUAGGGAAGAUUGCUGCUUGCAAAAAGUCGAGAUGCUUGAAAAUUUGUUGAUCAGUCCGUGAGAGGUUAACAAAUAUAUCAGAUUAGGCAGAUUUCUUUAGGUCAGCCCGUUUGGCCGUUGACCGUGUAUUUGGAACAUGAAGUUCUGCUUUUUUAUUGAGAAGAAUAUGGCCUAAUCAAUUAAGCCAAACUGUUCAUUUGUCACGUUAUGUCGUAGAAUUCCUGCCCGAGUCUCUCUUUAAUGGUAGUUUCACCUGGAUGUGACCCCCGCAACGAAUUUCGCUGUAGAUUUGCUGGGCCAGAGGGGGCCACAAUAAUUCCCGACACACGUUAGUCAGGCGGCUCAGCGUCCAUACGAGCCCACAAAUGUUGUUGUAUAUGGGAGGGGUGUAGUGGCACGCCAAGGCGCAGGCCUUCACACCGCGUAAACCACAGUGUCCAGUCCCAAUACCAGCUGGUUGACAAGCUCACGCAGUCAAAGGAUGCAUUGUCCAGAAAAAAAGAGGGUGUGGCCGACGCUGGGGAAUCCAUCUCUAUGGAACAUUAAAGCAUUUGUCGCCCUUAUGAAGCUGGCGUGCUUCAGUUUCUCACAACACGCCACGAGUCGUCUCUUGGAACGUUGCCAACUGACGACACAAAGCAGUCCUUGUCAUAACUGAGAGUCGGGCUAAGUUGAUCUUUCUAAAUGUGCCUUUAUGAUACUCCUACACGUGGGAGGUCGGAACCGUCCUCACGAAAGCUCGGCAAUGCCGUGGGAGCCGAGGGGGUGUGUGGAAAGCGUAGAGGAGCUGCAUAGACUUGUUAGCCACUGCGCCCACGCCCGCCUCUAAUCGUUCUAUCCCUUUCUCGUCACCGGAGUCAGUGGGUGGUGGGGGGUAGAGCGCGGCAGAUGCUGUGCAAGUGUGCCUCGCUAAAAAUGCAUUUAAGUGCAAAUCGUCACCCUACGUCCAAACAGUGCCGCACACUAUGAACGUCAGCCUUCGCGACGACUGCAUUGUCAGUUCCACUCUGAUAAUGCGUCUUUGAUUCAAAAACGGUCGCCAGAGUAUUUUUGCUGCAACUUUGAUCCAUUCCACUGGAUGGCGUCGACUGUCGUACAGCUUCAACUUUUCGCCAAAGUUUACUAUAAAACAGAGAAACAGACCAAUUUCUUUACACAUAGGAUGCGCUACGUAACCGCGCACAAGCGAAUUUGUCGAUUUUCAGGCAGCGAAUUUGGAACUCACUUGUCGAGCUCUUCAGUGGUCCUAUUUUAUUUGCACGAGAAACGAAUUUAUAUAAGGUAUAAGGUAUUUUUUAAUCGGUUUCACGCAGUUCCGCUUCAAUUACUGCCAUCAGUCGGUUGCUAUCAAAGGUACAACGUCUCCAUCCAUUCACAUUUUCAAAACCCCAUAUUUAUGCUAAGAAACCUUAACCUAAGUUUAGUCCUACGCUCGGUAGCCGUUCCUUCUCAGAACGUCCUAUCGUUAAGUGCCACCGUGUCCAAUGUCUUUUACCCAGAUAUAAGUUCAACUGAAGGACUGUUGUUACGUACUUUUCCACCACUUGAGGUCCGAAAUGCGAGCAAAUAAAGCCUGAAGAUAAAUGCAUUAGUAUAAGUAAGUAUGACAAAUUCUGCUCUUCAAAAUGAUCUAUAAAAUAAACACAAAUCCAUCGAAAAUACCUUCACCGCCAAGCCUUGAAUUAACAAACGGCAGAAAAAGCGAAUCAUUUCGCAAGCAACGUUUAUGCAGUUAGACAGCCAUAAGCUCCAUCAGCUUAGGACGAGUCGUUGUGCUUGCUACUUCAGAAUCUUGCUGCAUCAAUGUUAAAUUGGUUUCGCAUCAUCCAGUCAGUCAGAGGCUCCCAAUGAAACCUUCGGGUAAGAAUCCUGAAAAGAAACCCGCCAUAAUAAAGAAAACCCUGAGAUAAAUUACAGGAAGGCUACCUAAUGUCGUGUCCUAGCUCCGACCUUUACAUUAAUUCUAAUCUGACUGGAAGUUAGCACAAUGCCACAUGUAUGACGGACGGUUCCUAUUCGUGUGUACUGCCAUUUCCAGAAGUCGAGUGCUGCAACCCGUUCUAGCCCUGAUUACAGGUAUUCAUUAUAUGAACAGGUCUUUUUGAAUAGAAUAGUUCAUUGGGGCUAAUAUGAGUAAGUUUACUUUGGAUAAGACACUGAAUCGCUCAUACAGCCAUCAUAUGAGAGCAACAAGUAAAUACGGACAUACGGGAUGAUUUGGAGCCCCAUCUAGAGAUUCGUUAAAUGCUGCUCGGUUUCUUUGCUGAACCUCCUGCUUUAUGGAGGCCAAAGAGGACCAUAAAAAUGCAAAAUGGAUAAAAUUUCUUGUAAUACAAUUAGCAGAUUACUGCUGAUUUUUGCGGUCAGCAGACUUUUAGGAAAUUUGCCGGGGAAACCCUAGGUUUUGUAGAGGUUCUUUCGCCCUUCUGAAGGCACAUGGCCGACAAAUCUCUGCCGAAGAUUUCCAAGUCCUUUAAUACUUUUGGUCCAAAGGACCUUCUUUCUCCUCUUCGGCUGUCUGCCGAAAUGUUCACCAGUGCACCACAAUCUCAGGUUUACCUGACUUGCGGAAUCUUACUAUACUCCGAGGGUAACAGGAAGCAGAGGUUAACACUGCAUGCAGAAGCUACUUCCUUUGGCUGCACUCAUGCACCACAUAUACUUAUUUUACUAGAUACGUCUUGGCAACAGUCUACAAACACAGUUGAUACGACGAGCUAUCAAACUUACUAUCAUAACUCUCGCAAAGUUAUUAAUCAAAUCUACUUAGAAUGGCAUUGAUUAAUUGCGCUCUGAGUCAUAAGGCUUCGCCGACGCUGUCUACCAAUGAACCCUUUCUGACCGUUAAUCAGAUCUCCCGAUGUACCUUAUCUUACAGUUAGUCCGAUAUCUAUGUUCCCGUUUUGGUCGACGUAAUUAACUCUUCAGGAGAAAUAUAAAAAAAGAAGUUGCCCUUGUUCUUGAGUUAAUAAUUUCAAUAAUAUUGACCAAUUACUAAGUUAGUUAAACUGUUUCUGACAACCGCGCAUUAUGCAAAAACACUUAAUUUUCCUGUUUCGGCCAAAUUUUUAAUUGUCCUUCGUCAUCGCCAACACUACCGCUCAAGGAGCAACAGUAACCUGCAUGAGAAUUUGACAAUAGCGAAGAAAAUUUCAACAAUAUUAACCCCACCUUACCCUUACUGAUACAUUAUCCUCUGAUGGCAUGGCUAAGUUAAGACGAUAAGAUGUGGCUCAGUUUAUCUAAAAUUUCCAUCCACAAGCGCCCUAUUCAAAAUAAUCCUUUUCACUCAAUCUAACCAGGCAUCGGGGACGGAGUCAGAAACGCUAGAGGAUCAGGCUGGUUGAUACUAAACAAUCUUGCCGGCAGUCAAGACCAUGGAGAAGUUAUGUGUUAAGAGGCAAGGAUGUUAGACUGGUCAUAUCUAGCUUAUUCGGCGUCAGUAGCAAGUGAUGGUUCAAUGGCUCAAUGUAAGCCCGGGGUUUCAACUUUAAGUAGGUGCUUAUCCAGUGACGCCCUCAGCGCCUAACUAAAGGCUUGCCUCAUGAAGUCUGAAAUUAGAAAUACUCGUGAGUCACAUAUCCGUGACGUGCACCGGACUUUCCCCAUUGCAGGAUGAAAAUAGGCCGUUCCGUUUUGGCUUGAGAAUACUCGCCUAGAACUCCUUCAGGCAGUCGCUUGGCGACUAGUAAUUAGCAAUGGACAAGUCUAGCCGACAAGGUGGAGACACUAAAAUGACCAUGCGAGCUUCAGCGUUGACCGUACCGCCAACUCUAAGGCAAAAAGGCACGCCAUCCCCAUGUGGUAGUCAAGACAGUCACCGGGACUUGAAAAUUCUCAUCAGCAGAGUUUCCUGAUGCCACAUAUGAGAUCUAGAUAGCAGGUGCUCUCGGAACGGAAUGACUGCUUUGAAUCUCGAGUACUUGAGAUCACUUUCCUUUGGUUACCUACUUUACAGGCAGCCAGUCUUACUAUGGGAGCCUAAUGCGACUCCCCGCCUUUGCGUUGCUGGACCUUCAGACAAAUCGAAGCUACGGAAAUCCACAUUAAUCAGAGAACAUCCGAUAGACAUUAGACCCGAUGAAAAUAAAGAAGCAGGUGGUGGUGGCAUCCUUCUUUCCUCUGUGAAAAUGACUACUCAUCUAACUAGCCAGUGUUCGACGGUCAAUGAGGCAUAUUUCGAUCUUGGAUUUGAACGCAAGGCGAACACAUCGCGGCAGCUGUCUCACCAUUUUCCAUAAUAAACCCUAUGCAGGCACCCCAUACAGCUCAACUAAAGAGCAAGGGAGGGCUUUCAAAUUAACUCACGAGUAUAAAAGGAAAUGUUUGCUUUUUACCAGUGGACUUCUUUGGAUAUGACAGGGGAAUAGGAACCCUCUUCUCGGAAAACAAAUGGGGUUGCUCUAGAUUUCCGUAAGGACAUAUAUUACGCUGCCCUAGCUCAAUACUUAAUUCUGACCCCAACCCAAAAUUCCACCAUGGCCCGAGUCUUAUGCCUAACUCUAGUCUCCUUGGAAUUUAACUAAGGCCGAAGGUCGAGUCUGGGGCCCUAACCACUUAAUUACGGGCUGAGGCGUGUUUACUGAGGGUGGGCACUGCCAAGAGCGCGUAUUCAUCCGAGCUGCUUACAUUGUUAUUUCCAAGUACUUGAGUUCUGUGAAGUAAGUUUUCUUUCAUUACUUGCUCAGGUCUAUGUGAAACUUGUAAGAGCCCAGGAAGGGGUAAAAAUGACGCUUCUAGCAAAUAUACGGCGCCUUGAAAGCAAGUUGCUAGGGUUCUGCUCUCUGAUUUGACCUGACUUCACGAAACUCAAGUCCUAGGAUUCAGGCUGGUAUGGGAGCGCUAGGAUAAUGACGAACGAUGAAGAAUCGCAGGGUCUGUGCUGAUAAGACUACAGCCAAGCUCCUUCUAGCACGAAGUUUGGAUGCCCUGGAAGGGUCAGUUGACACUUAGCACAAAAUUCGUUGUCUAAUACCCCUUGUUAUUAGAGCCGAAUUCAGACUAAGCACAGAUAUGAGAGCGCGGUUUGCGAGAAAUUGUCCGAAAACAAUGUUCACGAUGGCUGAACUGGGUUCGGUUUCCUGAUUCUAACACAUGUGCUUUUUUAGCUUUCGGCAUAAGCGCAAGUGAACAACAGAAAGUUGCGGAAAAACCGCAUCGGCAAUUACAGAGUAGUUAACAGCUUUAUUUUUUCCCUACGUGAUAGGAAGUUUCACCCAGAUUCUUUUUAGUAAGCAGUCGUAUAGAGCUACUUUCGGUCUAUAAAAGUUUACUUAUUUGCUUUCCAGGUCGGAAGAUGAAUGCGAGCGAUGAGGUGUGGAACCAGUCCGAUAUUUCAAUUUUGCACCAACCUCUGAUGUGUCUAAAAGGGCAUAUGCUCGAUUUCCGACGGUUGGAGAACUUCAGCGGGGGUCAUAUUCGGGCAACCAAUGAAUAUAUUAGUAAUUUUGCCACUGAAGCCCGAAGUAUGACAAUGAAGUUGGAAAGUCUCAGGUAGUGCAUAUUAUUUAAUCCCUACUCACUUAAUGCAUUUAAGAGCUAGUAAGCAAUUGGCUUCUGGCGCUGUGUCUCUUUAGGCCAGACGGAUUCAAUCGUUUUGUCUGACUUCUGUAUAGUCAUUAUGUGCUAUUGCUUUUAAACUAAAAUUUUGUGUUGUAUCCUCUCUAUUCUAGGAUAACACACGACCAGAAUAAAGCAGAGCUGAAAGAACUUUGCGAUCGCGUGCAAAACUGGAGAACCGUCCAUGACGAGUCAAUAAUCACCCCACGCUGGGGCAUGGGAAGACUGGUGCUCUCUCGCCUUGCCUCAAGCUCUGAUACAAGUUCGGGGGUCUCGUCAGAUGAAAUGGCAGUUGUACAACGAAUACCUAAACCACCAUCGCCGUAUGGCCGAAUAACAGUGAGACCACUGCAAGAGCCGACGCCUCCAUCAUCUUUAAGCUCUCAGGAGAUGGACUACCUAGAGCCGGCGAUUCAGAUCUCACCAUGCCGACACUCGCCCAUCCAAGUUACUGCACCGGAGCCGGUACAACGCCAGAAAGUCUUCUCUGGUGGUGCAAACCCUAAUCCCGUUCAGAUCGAGACAGGCGUGAGUGUGAAACGCAAAAAGCCCGCCAUUAGUUCCUCCGAGAUGAGACAGCCGGAGCCUAAGUUUGUUCGAGAUGUUGCUACACAAAUUUUGAUAUUCCGAAAACCACGGCAAUCACAAACGGAAUUUCAGUCUAACUUUAGCGAAGGCAGCAAGGUCGCUAGUACGCAGAGUGAACGAAGUCGGGUGGAUAGCAUCACGCAGAUUGACGUGAUUAAGGCACCCAAGGAACAACAGGUCACUCCCCAAAUCAUCAGGGCUGCCAUACAGAUCGAAGGAUCCUCACGAACACCUCAGAGUGGCGCAGAAGAGGCGCACAACACAUUACGGCAACAAACGUACUCGAAAAAUAAUCAACAGGUGGCCUGUGUAGCUAGUGCUGUCGUUCGUUUGCCAACAGCGGAUCUACAGACCCAGGUGGGUGAAAUUUUCAAACCCCCCUUAAGCAGCAUGCAGACGUCCGGCCCAAGGACUGGUUUCUGUGAGAUCGGUGCCAAGGCCGCCUCGAUGAACUCAGCCAAUCUCGAAUUCAGGAAUGGCGAUCAAAUUAUCGAGGGCGACUUUACAACGGGCAGAAUCCAACAUUCCGACGCGAUGACCCAAGCACAGCCUAACAUCCAGAGCCUGAAUCUGGCUGGGUUGGAGAAGGACAUCAGUUCACUCAACCUCGGAACGAAUGUGUCGCUCAAUUCAGCCCUCCUACAAACUAACCAUCCGUCGGUUGGUUCAGCUACCCUAUCUGCCCAGCCGGCACAGGCGGGUGAGAUGCAAUUAAUCGGCUCCAGUCCUGGUCCUUUGGGGGCCGAAAUAGGCACACAAGCGAGACUAGAGUGGAUGAUCGGUGUUUGUCAGAAUCAGCCCCGAAAUCUGGGAUACAAUACCUUCCAAGCUGCAUGCAACGGAGUCGACCUCUCCGCCCAAACCACAGAUGAGACCGCGGUAGGCACCCUGGGCACAGUACGACGGGCUUUAAGUGUGGCGGGUCAGUCUAACAGUUCACGGGCAUGGGACAACUUCCAGAUAUGCAAUCAGCCUAUUUUAUGUGGCACGAACUUUAAAACGGACGAAAAGAUGACGGGUGUUCAGUCUGCAACCAGGCCAAUGACUGGGGUGAAAACAGUCACCUAUCAGCCUACAAUUAAUUCCUGUACUUGUAAAUGUGUACCGGAAAAUGGGAGUGUGGGGGUAAAUCAGAGCUCCUCGACAUCUAUUUCCACCACUCUGUGGACUGGGAACAACAGAAGCCUGGGAGUGACUGAGACCUCGCAGAACCAGUCAUUCAGCAAUACAGACAUUGAGUCGGGUCGCAUCUGUCCCCUGCACGUGGAUCUGCACCUGGCAAGUUCCACCCCGAGAAUCCCGAAGAACUUUGUGCGUUGCCAAACUCGGACAGAGCACACUCUUAGCGAAUCGCAGGUAGCCGGUUAUCUUGACGACGUACUAACCAAACUACCUUCUAAAUCCGUCUGCUGCCAAGUGGGAACCAUGUUGGUUCCGAGGGAGAUCAAGGUGGCCACUUUUAAGAUGGGCAUUGAAAACAAAGAGAGCGCCAAACACCUAGGUCUUCCCGAGGAUACCCUUCUCUGCCCUGCCUCAGUAGAGGUUAAACCGGUGUUGACAGAGGAAGGUGGGAUCCAUAUUCUUGAUCUCAAGGAAGUGAAUAAAAUUGACAUUCAGACGGAGUACACAGUGUGCACAGCCGACGUUCAAAAGACCAGGUCAGAAGGAAAGGUGAUAAGUCAGCCUUCCGAACGGGAAGCCUGUGUCAUCGGAUUCAAGACCUCUAACUCGAAGGCCUUUGCGCUCGGCACCGUAAAUGUUGCCAAGAAGACUGCAGAUUACACUGCAACAUUGCAGACACUAACCCAAUCCGAGUGUCAAUUCCGGAUUCAGGAAAUGAAAGUGGGUACAUGCGGAGGAUCACUGGCGGAAACCGGUAUAGCCAUGUCCAGAAUGAGUCACCGCCCUGCAAAAAAAGAGCAGACUACCUCUUGCGCGAACGACCGUCUGGCCGCGGACUUCGUCGCGCACCAAGACGGUCGUAGUGCCGGGACCUUCGCUGGCAACAACUCUGUAUCCUGUUCAACGCAGGUGGGGACAAUGCUCAAGCCUGAAGUCAUUCACAUGGCCAACAUGAAAAUGAAUAACACAAACCUUCAGAUUACCGAUCACGAGGGAAGUUGUAUCGACCGCGUGAUGUGCCCCUCCGCUGUGCAGUUGGUCCCCACACUGAACGAGAAGGCCGGCAUUCAAGUCAUGAACAUCAGGGACGUGGGCACAAUUGAUAUGUGCUUGCAGAAUGCCGUGUUCAAAGCAAAUGUUGCGUCGGUAACCCGAGAGACUCAAUCGACGGCGGGUAAGGGGCUGGUGCAUAGUCACACUUCCUUAAGACAGGACAGGCCAGGCGCCGCCAAGGCCAGAACGGUGAAUGAGAAAGGUGUCGGCCCAAACAGCCCUCAGGCCCACAUUCUGCAGGACUUUAACUGUGAAUUUAACAUUCGCGAGGGUCAGAUAGGCGUCCUUUGCAAUAGCUGCCGUGGCACAGGCGUGCAUAUUGGCAGGGAUUGCACUCAACCAGAGCCGAAGGUUGAUGCUGUUUUCAGUUCGCAUGCUGCGGUUGUCCAGUCAGCAGUAUCCUCCACAGGUGUACGCACAGCCGCGUGCCAGGUGGGUACCCUGCUAACGCCGACCACAGUGCAGAUCGCGGAAGUGGCCAUGCAGCCAAGAAACGCGGAAUUCGCUAAUCAAGUAGGUCUGAAGACUGGUGCGGUCGUUUAUCCAGCCGCUGUCCAAAUGGAGUCAGUUCUGACAGACACGGCAGGAAUACAAGUCGAGGAGUUGAGAGAUGUGAACACCCUGCAGGUACAGUCGAGUGAUGGCGUAUAUGCAGUCUCUGUCCAUGCUAAGGAAGGCGUGUCAAGGGAGAAGGUGCUGUCAAGCUCGCAGAGGGCUGCGCCCAUUCUCAUUGAUGUGCAGCAGGGGAAGACUGGCCUCACUAUCGGGCAGACUUCUUCAAGCUCACGAGCAGAACCAGUAACACUGAAAUGUUCUUAUGCCCUUCAGAACCUAGGCUGUAAGUUGACCGUCAACAAGAUGGAAAAAGAAAGCGUGUGUACUACUUGUAAGGGAAGGGGAAGCGUUGCGAUAACCAGAACUGGGCAGGCCAGUCAAGUGGCUUCUCUGUCGGCAUCCCGUACCGACGAAGUCCUACAUCAUGCGACGAAGUCAAAUGUCAGUCAAGCAACGGUCGAAGGCACAAACAGCAAAACCGUUUCCUGCCAGGUCGGAACCACACUUAUUCCUACUGUAGUGCAAGUUGCCGACAUGGACAUGACCGUUACCGACCCGCGCAUGGUAAAAAGUCUGGGCCUACGUCCAAACGCUGUCCUAUGUCCAUCUACGGUAGAGCUUGACUCUAAACUCGCGGAGACUUCGGGUAUUCACGUAAUGGAUAUUCGCGACGUGAAGGAAGUCGGCAUCAGCUUUGGUAAAGCCACCGGUAAAGCCAGUCUCGAGAAUCGGGACCUGGGCAUCAGAGGGUUGGCGGCUACCUUCGAACCACCCGAGUCCUGUUAUGUUCAAUUCAAAUCCAGACAGGCUCCCAACCUGGUGGGCUCGGGACUGGCAGCACCGCACAUGAGCACAGCCAGCAAUUUAUCCAUGGGCAGACGAAUCGACCACAAUGCCGGUUGCACUUUCCGUAUUCGAGACCUAACUGAAAUCAGCGGUCCAGAACACUUCAGGAUGGUCUCACUUGCCAGCACCAGCGAUAUUUCUCGGCGGUCCUCACAUAUGGAAAUGAAACAAGCAAUGCCAGUUCUGAAUGAGUCAAUGAGCACAGCGACCCAGUCGAUCGGUUGCCAGGUCGGUUUAGUUCUGGUACCCAGUCUUGUAGGUGUCGCCGGUAUGGCAAAUGCUGGGAACCUGAACAUCGCCUCUGAGUCCGCUCUUCAACCCUCUGCGUUGGAAUUAGAUGCUAAGAUUGCUGAAGUUUCUGGUGUGCAAGUACUUUCACUUGGUGACACACCCAACAUGACUCUCCAGGUGGGUGAUAAGAAGUACCACGCCGAUGUGGAGAUCUGCGAAUCAGCUAAACGUGACUUCAGUAAGUUCGGCGUAAUGCAGCGUCAGAUGACAGAGACCUGGACUCGAGCUACAUCUAAACUCACACAACUAAGCACUGGACACGUGCCCAAGAUGGAAACCGCCCAGUUUAGUCUCGACCAGCAAGGCGUCCGGGUGUCCAUCGAAAUCCCCCACAUUGCUCGCUAUCUACAGAACCAGCAGCAAUCAAGUAGGGCUAACGCUGGGACGACCAGAAUCAAGGGUCCCAUCGACUCCGAAACUAUCCUUGAAGUGACUGGUAUAACGGGAGCAGGCAAAAGAGUGCGACUUCGAAUUCCUGUCGAUCUCACAGAAGUUCUGCCUUCAGUUGACGCCUCUACCACUGUGAGUACACAAAAACAACAGUCUACAGAGCGGUAUUUCUCAAGGCCCCCAUACAACGGCAUUCCAAAAGACAAUAUAAAGCUUUGUGACGUAGCCUGUGAAGCUCUUAUCAAACCAAACACUCUUGAGAAGCGUCUUCAGACAGUGAACUGA